GAGAGGGGAAGCAGCUGCGCGCGCACAUCAGCCGCUAUGCGGUUCAUAGCAAAAACAUCAGGCGCCACGCUCUCAGUCUGAAGUGAACAAUGGAGCCCGACGCAGGACGUUCAAGAUACAAUAAAGUGGCGUCCUUAACCUUUCAGCCGGUUCCGUGUCACGAGCGGAGGGAGUUCCCGCGUGUUAAGCUGGUGGUGCAGAUGGUGCUGGUGGAGCUGGUGGCGCUGGUCGUCAUGGUGGUGCCGGCGACGGCGCUGCAGACGACGGAGGAGCCGCCGGCGCCGCCGGUGCCCUACUCCUUCAGCUACGUGGCGGGCCGCUACCCGGGUCACGUGGACCGCACGCACUCCGAGGCGGGCGACGGCAGCGGCCGCGUCUACGGCUCGUACGCGUACGUGGACCCGCGCUUCCAGGUGCGGCAGGUGGACUACGUGGCGGACGAGCAGGGCUUCCACCCGGUGCUGAGCAACCCCGUGGCUGAUACGCCCGUGGUGGCGGGCGCCAAGCUGCGCCACGAGCAGCUGUUCCAGAGCAUCGCCGCUGAGCACGCGCGCAUCGCCGCCGAGCGCGAGGCGCAGGCGCGUGAUGCUGGCCAGGCCAUCUAGCCGACCCCCGCCGCGAUCAUCCACCUCCCUCCACGCCCCUCCAUGCCCCUCCAUAACCCUCCACACCCCUCCAUGCCCUCCACCUCCCACCACGCUCCUCCAUGACCCUCCACACCCCUCCAUUCCCCUCUAUUACCCAUCCACGCCCCUCCACACCCCUCUAUGCCCCUCCACACCCCUCCAUUGCCCUCCAUUCCCCUCUAUUACCUAUCCAUGCCCUCCACGCCCCUCCAUUCCCCUUCCAUGCCCCUCCAUUCCCCCACCAUGCCCCUCCAUUCCCCUACGUUCCCCUCCAUUCCCCUCUAUUACCCAUCCAUGCCCCUCCACGACCCUCCACGACCCUCCAUGCCCCUCCAUUCCCCCUCCAUGCCCCUCCAUGCCCCUCCAUACCCCUCCAUUCCCCUCCACGCCCCUCCACGCCCCUCCACGACGCCAUCUCGCUUCCAACAGUUUCCCCGUGCGUUCCUUCGAGCGAGGCACAGCAGUUGGUGGAUAGUCACUGGCACAAAUAGAGUAGAGACCUGCAAAAUUCGCGGUUUCGAUGGCCUUCAGGAUAGACUGCACAUACCCCUGCACACUCGGGCAAAUAACGCAAGUUCAUUGGCUGCCGACUUGUAAGUCGUCUCAGCUGGUUUGUCUGUGAUUCGAUCCUUCUUUGGUUGAGGGUUUAUAACUGGUUGAGAUUCGUCCAGAUGAACAGUAAACCAAUAGCAAAAUUAUCUAAGAGGUAUAUGUGUUUGAAUUCUAGCCUAUCACCUAAUGAAUCCGCGAAUUUUGCAGGUCUCUACAAAUAGUUUUUUUUUUUACGCUUCGACUACAAUUUACUAAAUUAAACAGGAAAUGCAGCAUUCAUUGUGUGUGAGUGCAUCUAGUAAUUUUAAAUAUAUUUGCGGUAUUUUGACUAAUGUAAACAUUUCAAAAAUUGUAAACAAUUGGAAAAUAAAUAAAAAAUAUCUUAAGAAGCUCUACAAGAUAAAGUAAGAGCAUUGUUUCUAAAAAAAAUAUAUAUAUUAAAAAAAUAAAAUAAAAACAAUAUUUAAAGGGGAAAAAAACAAGUAGGGUACAUAAGUUGCAAAAGUAUAUGUAAUCUUUACCACCCACCCCCCUACAUGGAAAUUAAAAAUAAAAUCAUUCCCACCAACAAAAGUAAAGAAUUUUAUAGUAAACAGCGGGAAAAUUAGUUCUAACCCCCUCAUUAUAAAUGAAAUAUUGCGAGUGCUCCUGCCUGUAGUGUCAUCAUUGACCUUUAAGUACUUUUUUAGUGACUUCAUCUGUAAUAAUGCAGUAAAUAGACUCUAUGUAAUGUUAUAUGAAAAUCUCACAGUGUGCAAUCUCUGCAUUAACGAAAGAUAGUUUUCAAUAUUCAAACUAAAAAAAAAAAAAAAAAAAACUGUUGAAACCAAUAUGGAAUCUCCUCCUCCCUUAAGAUUCUGUCUCACUGUCAUUUUGUUUUCGUUGCCAUUAUUUGAGCGGCUUUUCAUGUAGAUUCAUUCCGGUAGCGUUCUUGCAUUUUAUUUUAUGUUUCUGGUGAGAAAGUUUGUGACCCCAACUAUAAAUGCAAGACAGCUUCGUACCUAGUUAAGCUUACAGGAAAACCCCUUAAUUAACAGUGUUGACAUGGAAAAUAAAUAACCAACAUUGCGUGAAAGACCAGGCCUUCACUACACUCUAACACUAUAGCGAGGGUAUUGCUGUUCACAUGUAUCUCCAACAAGGAUAAGCUGUUGACAAAUUUUGCCUGUAAAAAGUACCUAACACGAAUAAAUAAACAGAUGUGUAAAUAUUAUUAUGUUGUAUU